AUGGAGCCAUGGGCGGAUGAUUUGGCCGACGAUUUACAGAGUGUGAGCUUUACUUCCGCCGGAACCACCGUGAAUCGAAGCACUAGCUCCGGUUCUCGCUCCUCUUCCUCCGCCGCAGCUCUAACUCCGGCGCCGUCAGCUCACGGCUCUUUCUCCUCUUCCAAACUCCCUCCCUCACUCCGAUCGUCUCUCUCCCUAUCCGAUCUCCGAUUCCGUCUCCGACUCGGCGCCGGAGACAUCGGUUCCGUUUUCUUAGCCGAAUUCAAAUCCGUAGAAACCGCCGGAAAAUUACCGCUCUUAGCCGCGAAAGUGAUGGAUAAGAAGGAGCUGGCGAGCCGAAGCAAAGAAGGUAGAGCGAAGACGGAGAGAGAAAUCCUGGAGUCGCUUGACCAUCCUUUUCUUCCGACGCUUUACGCAGCCAUUGAUUCUCCGAAAUGGCUCUGUUUAUUGACGGAGUUUUGUCCCGGCGGCGACCUUCACGUUCUCCGUCAAAAACAGCCUUUUAAACGCUUCCACGAAUCCGCCGUCAGAUUCUAUGCAUCGGAAGUGAUCGUGGCCAUUGAAUAUCUUCACAUGAUGGGGAUUGUUUAUCGCGACCUGAAGCCUGAAAACGUGCUGGUUCGAUCAGAUGGUCACAUCAUGCUAACCGAUUUUGAUCUCUCCUUAAAAUGUGACGAAUCCACCUCCACCCCACAGAUCGUGUUGAACCGGAACCAACCUCCUCACGGCUCUUCUGACCAGAGCGAGAAUCAAGCCAUGGACCACCGUCAGACGACGUCGUCCUCUUGUAUGAUCCCCAAUUGUAUUGUCCCUGCUGUCUCCUGCUUCCACCCGAGAAUCCGAAGGCGAAAGAAGAAGACCGAUCACCGUAACAAUGGUCCUGAGCUUGUGGCCGAGCCUGUGGACGUCCGGUCCAUGUCCUUUGUUGGGACGCAUGAGUACUUAGCUCCUGAGAUAGUUUCAGGAGAAGGGCACGGGAGUGCGGUGGACUGGUGGACACUGGGGAUAUUCAUGUUCGAGAUGUUCUACGGAACAACGCCGUUCAAAGGGAUGGACCACGAGUUAACCCUUGCCAACAUCGUGGCUCGAGCCCUCGAAUUCCCGAAAGAGCCAACGAUCCCAAGCGCGGCCAAGGAUCUGAUCUCUCAGCUACUGGCCAAGGACCCAACCCGACGCUUGGGAUCGUCUCUGGGUGCAUCGGCCGUGAAACGACACCCAUUCUUCCAAGGAGUGAAUUGGGCUUUGCUCAUGUGUACUCGUCCUCCCUUUCUUCCUCCACCUUUUCGCAAAGACCUUUUAUCCGAUGACAUUUGUCCUGAAACCCAUGUCGACUAUUAUUAG